AAAUCAUUUAAGCGUGCAUAUUGUGUAUCUGUGUAUAAUAUUUUAAUUAAAAUCUUGUAGAUUUCUUAUUUUUGAUGUAGUAGAUAUUUUUAAAAAUAUUCUCUACAAAACCGAUUAAUUAUGGAUUAUAUUGAAACAGAACCUUUAGACCUUAGACACGAAUCAAAAAAAUUAAAAUCCGAUCCCUUUAAUCUCGUCAAUACCUCACGGUGUGAUAAUCUUAAACUUUACCCACACAUUUAUUCAACGGUUCAUUACGAAAAUUUAUUUAAUAUAAAAGCACCUGUCAUUAAAUCCGCACCAACUCCUAUCUUCAAUCGAUUAGGAGCCAAACAUCUGCUCAACAAAGCUAGAAAAUCGUUCAAAUAUAAUAAAAUUCAUAAUGAGGUUGAAAGUUCGAUAAAAUUAUACAAUGUUAAAAACACAGUGGAAAACACCUAUAUCAAUUCAAAUGGUAAUGAGAAACAACCAGAGUUCAAUUUCCCAAUUACUUUUUCACGAGCUCAACCCACUUCUUCUCCAUUUAUCAUAACCGAAAAUAAUUUCCUAUCACGGAAAAGAGGUAAAAAUUGCAAAUAUUGUGGUAAAUAUUACGAGUCAACUUCUGCUCAUAGUAUGCACGUGAGGACUCAUGAGAUGAAAUGCGUUUGUAAUGUGUGCGACAAAAGGUUUAUAAUAUUUUCCCGAACUUGGUUAUUGCAAUGUCAUAUGCGAACUCACACUGGGGAAAAACCUUUUAAUUGUGUCGUAUGUCAUAAAUCUUUUACCGAUAAAAGCAAUUUUAGGGCGCAUACUCAAACCCAUUCAGGGGUCAAGCCUUAUUCCUGUAGUAAUUGCAACAAAUCAUUCGCCCUCAGAAGUUAUUUGUAUAAGCACGAAAGAUCUUGUAGUUAAGCACCUUAAUUCUAAAAAUAAUUUAAUAUAAUCAAAUUUAUUUUAUAACUUAUUACAAUACAAUAAUCAAUAUAUAUAAGUUAUAAUAUAAAAUAAAUGAUGUGCAAUAAUUUUCUUUAUUAUACAUAACUUUUUAUGA